CGCGCUGCUCAUUUAAACUCGGUGUUGCGCGUCGUGAGGAGAACUGCAGCCUCGUCCUCACACUGCUCAUCUUCCUCCUCCUCCUCUUCCUCCGUCUGUCCUCCGAGGGGCCCAGGCGGAGUCGAGGUCCAAAGAGCGUUUGCGAUCUGCCGGAGAGGACGCGCCCACUGUGCGUUACGUCGCGCAUUCCUUGUGGCGGGGGGGGGAGAGACGAAGUCAAACCCGCUCCGGUCCGCGGUCCCCGCUGCUGAGCAUCCAGAAGUUGGCGUUCAUAUCGUCCGAUGAUGAUUCUUCAACGGAUAUUUCGCGCUGUCAUCAUGGGGCCUCCGGGAUCGGGCAAAGGAACCGUGUCCGCGCGCAUCACCAAAAGUUACGAGCUGCAGCACCUCUCCAGCGGAGACAUACUGAGGGGCAACAUCAACGCGAAAACCGAGCUCGGCCUGUUGUUGAAGUCCUGUAUUGAUCAGGGUCAGCUGGUACCCGAUGAUGUCAUGUCUCGUCUCAUCCUGAGUGACCUGAGAGCCUUGGGCCGGAGCAGCUGGCUGCUCGACGGUUUCCCUCGUACAGUUUCCCAGGCAGAGGCGCUGGAUGACGCCUACAGUGUGGACACAGUCAUCAAUCUAAAUGUACCUUUCCAGACCAUCAAACAAAGGCUGACCUCUCGCUGGACUCACCUUCCCAGCGGCAGAGUCUACAACAUAGAUUUCAAUCCGCCUAAAGUCCCUGGUCUGGAUGACGUGACAGGGGAGCCUCUGGCACAGAGGGAUGAUGACACACCAGACACAGUUACACGCAGACUGAAGUCGUAUGAAACCCAGACGGAGCCUGUUUUAGAAUACUACAGGAGCAAAGGGGUCCUCGAGACUUUCUCUGGGACAGAAACCAACAAGAUCUGGCCCCACGUCGAGGCUUUCCUCCACAGAAAACUCUCCUCCCUCAACCAGAAAGUUGCAUAGAAAGCCGGAGGAGAAAGGCCCAAGAAGUCUUAAAGUUUACCAGCAAACUAUCCCCUUUCUGCGGAACAAGGGGAGAGUCGUGUGUGUGUGUGUGUGUGGUGAUAUAUUCUGAUGAGGGAUCAAGCAUAGAGUUCACGUCAGGUCGGAAUGAUGGGAUGAUGGGAAAACUCCACCUUUCAAGUGCUCGUUGCACGUCUGUUGCACUGUUUCCACAAUGUUGCUGAAAUUAGCAAACUCUCAGGAUGUGUGCGUAAAAAAGAAUCCUUCAAACAUGAAUUGGUAGAGUUCCCCCCUGAUUGUAUAUUUCUCUUCUUUAAUGUGCCUUCACAAAUCGACGACACUCCGGCAAAUCGGACAAAUUUCAAGAGAGAGAGAUACGACGAACAGUCACGUCCGACCCUUGAGUGAAGAUGUGUUGACAUUUCUCACUUUUAGGUUUCAUUAAUGCAACCAAGAGUUCUGUUCUUUCUUGAUGGCAAUUGAUGAUAUUGUAGACAUAACACAGGUGUUUUGUAUCUGCCUCAUUGGGACCGUUUCUUAUGCAGUGAAUAUUUGCCCUAAAGGGAAAAAGUGCCAUGUUCUUCUGUAGUCACUUUAACACUCCAGUGCCUUUUGCUGCUUUUGACAAAUGAGCCCGUAAAUGUAGUUUGUAAAUGCUUUUGACCCAACUGACCAAUGUAUGAACUGACCACGCUUUUUAAAUUCCUAAUCAAACCUUUAAUCGCCUCGUCUUAAUAAUUUUACCUCUUAAAUAUGCUAGUUCCCAUUUUUAACCGGGUGCUCGGUCCAAAUCUAUAUUGAUAUUUUAUUUUGAAUAUGACUUGAUGACUUAAAAUAAAAAUUCACAGCACAAUAUGCACUGGGCUGUCAUCUUGUUUAAAGGUUAUCACGGCAUCCAAGGUUUAUCCACAAAUGUUGUCAACGUUGUUUAAUGUUUCACCACAUUAAAAGCAUCUAAACACUUGAACAAAAUGUUUUCCUCUUCAUAGACAACUUAACAAUAAUGCCAUGAGUAUUUAUUAUAAAAUCACAAUAAACUCCUUAUACUCGU